AAGCUUAGUUCUCUCAAAGGGCUUAAUCUUUCUCAUAACAACUUUACUGGUCAUAUCCCACCGUCACUAGGGAAUCUGAUGAAUCUGGAAUGGUUGGAUCACUCUUCCAACAAGCUGACGGGGAAAAUUCCUGAUGAAUUGGUAUCUUUGACACAACUCUCUGUAUUGAAUCUUUCAAAUAAUCUACUUGUCGGGCACAUACCACAAGGCAAUCAGUUCAACACUUUUGGAAAUGAUUCUUAUGAAGGAAACCUUGGACUGUGUGGAUUUCCAUUAUCAAAAUCUUGUAAUGGAAUUGGGACACCGCCAAGCUCCUUCCAAGAAAAAGCUGAGUUCUGGAGAUUUGGCUGGAGAGUUGUGGUGUUAGGCUACGGAUGUGGAGUUGUUUUUGGACUGCUGAUGGGAUAUCACGUCUUCCGAACAGGAAAACCAAAAUGGUUUGUGUCUUUGUUUGAUGGCCAACCAAGUCUAAGUAGAAGGAAGAUGAGGAAAGCCAGAAGACUUGUUCAAAGAAGAAGCUAGUUGCAGAGUUGGUGUUUUAGACCUUUAGAUUUAAUGUUUCUUGAAUAAGUGCCCUUUGGGUUUGAAGUUUUUGUUAUGGUUGGCAAUGGUUUGUAUAAAAUUGUCAACCUUCUCUUCCCUUUAUGGUUUGUAAUUUUGUCUUUCUUUAUUGUAAAACAUAUUUGAAGGUUUAAGCUGUGAAUCUUUAUUAUGUACUUCCUUAAGGUAGUUGGUAUCAAACUGGUAGCGAAGGUAUGUCAAGUUUCGUUCUUUACAGUUUUGUUCUCGAGAUAUCCAUUAGCAGAGUCAUAAAAAUUCUUGUUUUAC